UCAAACCGAGGCUACAUUAAAGGUCAUGGGUCACGUAUGUCCCGCCCACCCCCAAUAACUACGCCGGAUUUUUUUAAUUAUUUGCAUACAGCUGCUCGAAAACAUCUUCAUUCCUUGUGCUGCGGAUAAAAAUGGAAGACCUUUUUAAGGCUGCAGUGGCCUCAUUAAAGCAAUACAUUUCCAUUCCUAACAAGGAUUUGAAUUGGUGGAUCAGAUUCCGUGCUCCUCAAGACAUCCUGAAGAACCAUGCCACAUUCUUGUAUUGUGAGAUUGUGUUCUAUUGUCUUGGUUUCCUCACACUGCUCCAUGCACUACGAAAUGGUGGCCGUUACCCAUGGCUUUGGCUAGCAACUGUUCUUCAUGGUUUGACUGUUGAGUGUGUCUCCUACGCUUUUCUAGAUAUUGACAACUUUUGGCAUGCACAGUCAAUGGUCAUGCUACUUGGUCAGCGUCUGCCUCUACAUAUUUUGUUUGUUUACCCUGCAUUUAUCUACACAGCUUCCAUUGCAGUCUCUCAUAUGAAUCUUCGCUGGUGGGCAGAACCUUUUGCUGUUGGACUAGGAGCUGUUCUUUUGGACAUUCCAUUUGACAUCAUGGGUGUUAAGCUGUUGUGGUGGACGUGGCAUGAUGAUGAUCCCAACAUAUUUGAUCGCCACUAUUGGGUUCCCUGGACGUCCUACUAUUUCCAUGCUGCCUUUUCCAGCAGCUUAGUUUUAGUGUUUCAUGGAGUACGUGCUAUAUGUUGCCGCAGAGAGUUCAAAUUUCAGUCAUCUGGGUUUAUUUGUGAGCUACUUUGUGCAUUAGUGACUGGGCUGUUCUCCAUGCCUCUAGGCAUCCUGCAGUUUGCGCCUGUCUAUCACCCACUACACGACUUGUUUGGAAUUCAUUCAGAAGUCUGUGUGCUUAUGCUGAUAUGCCUGUACAUUCUUAUCGUUUGGAGUGCCGACCGAUAUCCCUUUGAGACAGCAAGGACCUUUUCUUCUUCGAGAAAGUCCAAGGAGAUUUUUCUGGCUGUCUUGUUGCAUUACAGCUUUUAUAUAUACCUAGUUCUCUUUUCCAAGCCAGAAACAUCCGUUUCCAUUGGUUAUCAUCAGCGUACUGGCCCUUGUGGGGUGACAGUGCCAGUGCACACUCCUUUUGGCAUGGUGCUGAGCAAGACCAGAUUUCUCUGUGUUGAUGCCUAUUAUGAGGACUAUUUUGAUUUCCACUGUGUUAAGGUGAUGCCUGGGGAUGAAAAAGAAUGGUAUACAGUGUGUGGCACACCUUUUCCAAACCACAUUGAAUACAUUGUGGUCAUUUUCUCUUUCUGUUUUGUAGGCUUGUAUUGGUAUUGGCAACUAUUAUUUCAUUCAGGGCCUUUGCCUAAAACUAACUAUCGUAUCCAUCGAGUUAAAAAAGACUGAUUUCUAUUCAUGAAGCAGCAGACUUCAGGAAGCUUAGCAUGCUAAACCUUAUAUUAAUUUGAAAAUAUUGCAUGAUUUUUUUCUGGAUUUGUUAACUUUUCUGUUUACAUAGAUUGUUCCAUGAUGGAACAACUUCUUUUGAUUACGUCUGUUGAUAAUGGUUUUCAAUGAAUAAAAAUGCAAUCUGUUAUGGUUCACUAUUGAAGAGGAGUGUAUUUUGUAAUUUCCAUAUCAUAGACCUUGUGAUUUGUAUCUUAAUAUAUUCAUUUUUCAUAUUUCAGAAGAUGCUAGAUUUCUGAAAAUGUUGGAUAUAGAUAUAGUAUACAUUUUUCUUAUGGUGACUUUGUCAUACUUGCCUCUUUUGAAAAUCUGAAUGGUUCCAUGAUGUCAUCCUGAGCAACUCAACAGUUUACUUUAUUAUUUUGCAUUUUGUGCCUUUCAGUGCGAGACUGUCUCUGUGAAGACUAGGAACGAUAUUUUUGUCGAUAAAAUGUUGAAUAUCUA